UUUCAGCAUUAUUGAAUCGAGGUUACAACUCACACAAACCUUAGGAUCUCAUCGUCUUCUUGGCUACAAUCAUUCAUCUUCGAGCCUUUUUAAUUCACAGAUAAAUCCAGCCUACCAAAUCUUUCGAAUACCCGACAAAGAAAAACACUGCCACAGACUAGCAGUUUGUGACCUCUCAUCUCAUCACCUUGAAGAGCGACAGGAGCUGGUCCCCAUCCGAAGACACGGCUGGGGAAUGACAUAUCGCUGAGGGACACACUCUCUACCAGCGUGUGGCGUAGACAGGCUGGAUCGAACACCUAGGCUCCAAUACAAACCCUGCUUCUUCUCUAAUAGUCACUGCCCUUCACCAUGUCUGGGCCAGCACAAACACCAGGUGCCCCUCAAGCGCCGGGCUAUCAAGGGCCUGCACCAACACCUCCAGCUCCAACACACACAACAACAACCGCAGCGACGGGCCAAAGUGGCUCAUCCGGAGGCCCAAUGUCGAAUCAGAACCUCAACCAGAUCGUUACGGACUACUUGCUCAAGAGGGGGUUCAACCGGACCGAAGAGGUGUUUCGUCAGGAAUCUAAACAUCUUGGCCCCGAUGGCAAGCCUAUCUAUCAACUGGCCAACCUCGGCCCAAAAAAGUACCAACGAGCCUUUGGGCUUCUACGUGAAUGGGUCGAGAACAAUUUGGACAUAUACAAGUUCGAACUGUCCAAGCUGCUGUGGCCCGUCUUCGUCUAUUCUUUCCUGGAACUUGUCCAACAUGCCUACACUGAAGAUGCGAAGGCUUUCCUCAGAGACAUCGGUCCUAACUUCCAGCCAGUACAUGCGGAUGAUCUCAAGACCCUUGGUACCAUUACACUCCCGCAGCACAUCAACGAGAACCCCAUGACAAAGCUGUACCGGGAAAACAAGUACCGAAUCCCUCUGAACCAACAUGCCAGCGGCGAUCUUUUCAACUUUCUGGAACGCGAAUCUGAUCAGGGUGGUUCCGUGAUUCGACAAGUCCUGGCAACUUAUUGCCAGAUUGACUCUACAGCUCGUGGACCUAUUACCCCCUUCAGUUUCGAAGCUGUUUACAGAAGGUCAAGGAACAUGGAGAUAGAGAGCGUGGAUACCAAUGAAGGUAUCCCGGGCGUCAAUAUUGGUUUGUCUAAUAAGGACGUUCUCGACCCAACCGCUCCCCUGAAGCUUGGACCCCUACCUAUGGAUGCCGACCUGCGUGACGAUGUGCGAGCUGAGCUUGAGGAAGAGGAGCGACGAAUUCCGCCACCUCCCGGGAAAACAUCGCUAGUGGAGGAAUUCGACCAAAAAAUCAAGCGUGAGGAGAGCGCAGAUGCCCCAAGCAGAGCAGAGUUACCCUUACCACCCUCGAGACCGAGGGACAUUAUGCUAGAAAUGCAAAAACUUCGAGAGAAUCGCGACCGAUUCAAGAUCGAUGGUGCGACGGGAGGCGUGGGAGUCCCUAUCAGCGCAUGCAUGUUUACAUUCCAUAACACGCUUGGAAGUGUUGCCUGUAUGGACUUCUCCAACGAUGGACAAUUAGUGGCUGCUGGUACCACGGAAUCUUACAUCCGGGUUUGGUCGCUGGAUGGUAAAGCCUUACCCACGAUGAACGCGCACGAGAAAGAAGCGAAGUUCAACAGCCGCAAAUUGAUCGGACAUUCUGGGCCUGUUUACGACGUGUCCUUCUCCGAUGCUGUUUCUGGCCCUCCGCAGAAGCUUUUUGGCGACGAAGGAAAGUCGAACCCUGCUAUGGACACGCGACCGAAGCUGCUACUAUCCGCAUCUGCAGAUGGCCAGAUCCGUCUGUGGUCACUAGAGUCUUGGAGUUGCCUGUGUCUAUACAAGUCCCACGAUGGACCUGCUUUCAGGACACUCUGGGGUCCCCAUGGACACUAUUUCAUCAGUGGAGGAUAUGACAAAGCUGUUCGACUGUGGAUGCAAGAUCAUGCUUCCCCUCAACGAUUGUUGGUUGGGCAUGACACGGCCAUCUCAGCGCUUGCAUGGCACCCUAACGGUCUCUAUGUCUUCUCCGCCUCUGAUGAGACUGACAAGUCGAUCCGUAUGUGGUCUGUCGUAACUGGCAGCUGUGUCCGCGUGUUUACAGGCCACAACGAAUACAUCACCGCCAUGGAAUGCGCGCCAAAUGGCAAGAUCCUAGCAAGUGCCGAUUGUGCAGGUAACAUCUUCUUUUGGGACCUUGAGAAAGGAACACGCAUCAAGCGGUCACGUGGCCACGGUAAGGGCGGAAUUUGGUCACUCAGCUUCAGCGUUGAAUCCAACGUGCUUGCUUCUGGUGGUCAAGAUGGCACAGUCCGACUCUGGGAUGUCGAGCUGCCUUCUGAUCCCCAAAAGGCGAGCCAGCAACAGACAGGCCUCGAUGCAACAGCAACAGGGGCCGAUGGCACAAGCGCAGGAGGCACUGUUGGUGAAGCUUCUCGAGUGACAGCCGGAACAUCAGGACCAGCGGGUACCAGCGGCACCACUGGAACUCAUAAGAAAAAGAAUAAGGAGGUGAUGAUUACUCCCGAUCAGAUCAGCGCGUUCCCGACGAAGAAGACACCAGUGAUGAAGGUCAAGUUUACACGGAUGAACUUGGUCAUUGUAGGCGGCUGUUACGACCCCGAACGUUAGGAGCGGGAGGCAGUCGACCUAGUUGCUCGCGAGAAACGGCGAAGGCAACAAUUUGCCGCUAAGUUUGGAAUAGAUUUGGGGCUGACGGCGAGACCUCGCAAAUAGUCGACGAUGAAACUGGGUCAAACAAUCAGGAGAGGCGCAAUGGGCUACCUUCACAUAGCAGUCAUGACCACAGGUACUGAGAAUAUACAGCGAGGGCAGGAUGAUUCCGAUUUUCGAGACCAACUGAAGAGGCUGGUUUCAUUGAACAAACUGGAAUAGAGAGCAGUCCGCAGGAAAUCGUAUUGGGGUUGAUGUCAUCCUUUGCAAGAGAGCAUGGAUUUCCUGUAAUAAUAGAAUCUGAGUGAUAACUACGAAAUACUGCGAAUCUAUUUCCAUAUUUGAUUACUG